AUGACACAUAGAUACUGUUUUGAAGCGCUUGAUAGAAGCUUAAGGGAUAUUAUGAGAUCUUCCGAUAGGUCUGGAAAACCUUUUGGAGGUUUGGUGGAUGUUUUAGGAGGCGUCUUUCGACAGAUACUUCCAGUGAUCCCUAAGGGAAGUCGGCAUGAUAUCGUGCAUGCCUCUAUAAGUUCAUCUCAACUUUGGAAUUCGUGUCAAGUUCUCAAGUUAACUAAGAACAUGAGAUUACAGGCAAAUGCUUCUGGUUCGGAUGUAGAAGAAACCAAAGAAUUUGCAGAGUGGAUACUUAAAAUAGGUGAUGGUACAGCCGGACAUAAUCUUGGUGAUGGAGAAUCUGUUGUGGCAUUAUCAGAAGAUAUCCUUAUACGCGAUGCAAUAAAUCCUAUUGCAGCUAUAGUGGAAAACACAUAUAAUGACGUCAUGAAUAAUGCAUUUGAUCCAGAAAUGUUUAAGAAUAGAGCUAUCUUGGCCCCCACCAAUGAGAUAGUUGAUACGAUCAAUGAUUACGUCAUGUCUCUGAUGUCUACCAAGGAAAGGGUUUACCUAAGUUCAGACAGUAUUUGCAAAGAAGAUGGACAAAUGGACCUUGAUGAACAGGUAUUCUCGGUUGAAUAUCUCAACACAAUCAGGUGUUCAGGAUUACCGAGUUAUGAAAUUAAAUUGAAAGAAGGAUGCAUAAUAAUGCUUCUCAGAAAUAUUGAUCCAUCUAAUGAACUUUGCAAUGGCACUAGGCUAGCUGAUAGUAACUCAACUUAG